AUGAGCGUGCCGGUAGAUGAACAUUCUCUGUGUGCACACCGACGGCGUUCCUCGCGAUCUUCCGAUGCAGACCCCUUCUCUGAGCCUGAUGUAUAUUACGGCCAGGAGGAACACCUGAAGCAACAUGCUCAGGCCCAUCGAAGGACAUUGUCAUCUAGCCUGAAACGAUUCGAUCUUACUGAUCUCCGUGAUUUUAUCGGCAAUGUUCCGUCAAGACGGACAAGCCAUGAUGAACGAGUGCAAAGCCGUAAAUUCAUCAUCGAUGUCGACGCAACGUUGGAGACAUUGCUGGAACGCGAGGAUACAGACCACAACGUACAAAUAACAAUAGAUGACCAGGGACCAAAAGUAUUUGCAGUAGGCACUGCGGCAUCAAAUGGCUACAAUCGAUUCGAUUUGCGAGGAACGUAUAUGAUUUCGAACCUCCUUCAGGAACUCACACUGGCAAAGGAUUAUGGCCGGAAACACAUUAUACUCGACGAGCAGCGCCUGAAUGAGAACCCUGUCACCAGACUCUCCCGCCUUAUCAAAAAGUGCUACUGGAAUGCACUCACGCGCCGAAUUGACGGAUCCAAUAUUGUAGCCGUUGCAGCAGAUCCUAAAGACUGGACUGCGGACCCAGUUCCCCGUAUAUAUGUUCCUCCGGGAGCGCCCGAGCAGUACGAAUAUUAUAAGAGAAUUGCGGACGCUCAACCUGAAUUACGCCUCGAUGUUCAGUACCUCCCGGAAGGAGGACCUACUGCCGAGUACAUUCUUAACGCCAACCGCUCUUACUAUCUCUGCCGCUCCCAGCCACCAUUCCUGACUGACAUGGCUCUUCGAGUUUAUGAUCGCAUCAAAGCGGACCCGAGCGCCAAGGAUUUCCUUCGCACGGCCAUUUUGUCCGCUAUCAAAGAAUACUAUUCAGUGUGGAUGGUGGAGCCAAGAUAUGACCCCAUUACGGGCUUGUCCAGGUACCGGCCAACUGGGCUUGGAGUGCCACCUGAAACCGAAUCCUCUCAUUUCUAUCAUCUAUUAAUGCCGCAUGCUAAAAAAUUGGGAAUCUCUUUCGAGGAAUUCGUCCAGGGCUACAACAACGGACAGAUCAAGGAUCCUGAGCUAGAUGACUAUUUCCUCCAUGACCGUGCUGUAAGGGAAUCCGGGCACGACACCAGCUACCGCCUUGAGAAGGUCUGCGCGAACCUUGCCACGGUUGAUCUGAAUUCUCUCCUUUAUAAAUAUGAAGUCGACAUCGCCAGGACGAUACGGGAUUUCUUCGGAGAUAAACUUUCCAUCCCGACCGAGUUUAGGACCCCGCAAAAUGCCGAACAUGGAUUCGAGUCAUCGGCGGUGUGGGAUCGCCGGGCUAGACGUAGGAAGGCGGCGAUGGACAAGUAUUUGUGGGAUGAAGGAAAGGGGACGUAUUUUGACUACAACACAGUGGAGCAAGAGAGAACGGACUAUGAGAGUGCCACCACGUUUUGGACUAUGUGGGCUGGAGUGGCGAGUCCCUAUCAGGCUUCAAGGCUAGUCAAUGAAGCGCUUCCUAAAUUCGAGGCAUACGGUGGGCUGGUCUCAGGGACUGAGAAGUCUAGAGGCCCCAUCGGGCUCGACAGACCCAACCGACAGUGGGACUAUCCGUACGGGUGGGCGCCUCAGCAGAUGUUGGCCUGGUCAGGGCUGAUUCGCUAUGGAUACCAAGAUGAAGCGGAGAGACUCGCAUACAAAUGGCUCUAUAUGAUCAUCAAAGCGUUUGUAGAUUUCAAUGGUGCUGUUGUGGAAAAGUAUGAUGUGACACGGCCCAUUGAUCCCCAUAAGGUGGAAGCUGAGUAUGGGAAUCAAGGCGGGGAUUUUAAAGGCGUGUCUCGAGAAGGAUUUGGCUGGGUAAAUGCAAGUUUCGUCUACGGUCUUGAGUUCCUCAACGCCCAUAUGAGACGCGCACUGGGCGCUUGCACUCCUUAUGAGACUUUCAGCAAAGCUACAGCGGUGCAAUAUUAG